AUGUCAGAUAUAAUAAGCCUCUACGCCUUCCUUCUCGCCGGGGCCCGAGAGGCAGUGGACUACAUCCUAGCCCUGCAACAGAUGGAGCAGGAGAUAGAAGCCGGGCCCACGCAACGCACGCAGCUCUAUAUCGAGCACGAGCAAAAGCUUAGGAAAGCGCUGGCGUCGUUGCCCAAAGUCGACAAGCCGGAUGCUUCCCUCCAGCAGCUGGAAGAGGAAGCCCAGCAGCCAAGCGACGAUUCUGCGCUGCCGCAGGACAUUAUGCUCACCACGCGGCGAUUGAUGCGGGUGAUCAAGGUUCGCUAUGAGGCAUGGCUGCAGGAGAACCUGCUCCUUGAGGAUGCCAUCUCGCUAAUUGCUAAGUUGAACGAGGGGCUAGAUGAUCGUGCCGGUGGUGGUGGUGGUGGUGGUGGUGGUGAUGAUAAUGGUGAGCAGGGGGUGAAAGGCAAGGAAGGAGAUUGUAAAGUGAAAGCGGAGGAUAGUGAGGGGCAGUAG